AAAAUCUAAAACCACACAGAAACAGAGCAAAUAACAAUGGCGUCGAAAUCAGAUAUGAAGGGAUUCUACAGGCAAACGAAGAAAAGUGGCGGAAUCACAAAGCCAACACAUUCAAAAUCAUCAUUGGCUGCUACUACUACAAAGAAAUCGGUAACUCCAAAGCUAGCAGCUGCUCGCGGCUCAAACAAUACCCGGUCUCCGGCGCUCAUCUCUCAUGGAUCUCCUGAUCUGCAAGCUGAUGAUUAUGACGAGAACGAGGAGUUAUUAAGGCAAUUUGACACGAAUAUGACUUAUGGGCCAUGUCUUGGAUUGAGCAGACUUGACAGAUGGGAGCGUGCUAAGAGUUUUGGUUUAAACCCUCCUAGAGAUGUUGAGCCCAUCUUGACAUCUAGCAAGGUUCGUAACGAAUGCCUGUGGGAUGGAAUGGUUUAACUUUGUUCAUGUUAUCAUCAGAAUAGCUCUUAU